AUGUUAGGAGUGGGGAUGGUCAUCAUCCAACCUGAGACAGAAAAAGUAGUGCUAUGCUACGAUUCUAGGCGGAAACACUAUUUCUUCCCGAAAGGAAGGAAGGAUGCAGGAGAGGCGAUGGAAACAGCCGUCUUGCGCGAGGCUUAUGAGGAGGUUAGAGAGGAGGGAACAGGGAUGCCCGACGAGCAGAGCUAUACCUCCCAUUUGUUCUCAUUCGAAGAAGCUUUCCAAAAACUCGACGUGGAUUCGCAGAAAAUUCUCAGAUAUGCCUGGUUUCUAUUUCAGGAAACCACACAGUAUGAUAAGAUGUUCGUUCAGUAG